GACAUAUCCAAGGAUCGGAGUUCUCCUCGGACCGCUGCUGUUUUACAGCUAGAUCAACUACGAGAGCUUGGACUUGUUCUGAAAUCUUCAUUUGAGAUAGAGUUUAUUUUGCACGACCCAAGGCAAAAAUCAGACCCCACUGAAUCAUGGCACUGGUCGUGCGUGGACAUCCUUGAGAAUUCUUUAUGGAAUUGCUAAAUGAACUCAAACAGACGAACGUGUCGACAGAAACUCUGCAGGCAGAGACUGACGACGAUUAUUUUGAAGUCACCCUCGAUGUUGCCGAAGGCAUUGAGGCAGCUGAUGGCACUGCGCUGUUCAAAAGUCACGUGAAAACAUUCUCCAAGAGAAAAGGUAACGUUGCUUCCUUUAUGUCAAAGGUAGAUAAUACAGCGGAUUACGGGACAGGACUGCACUUUAACCAUUCACUUUGGACGUCGGAGGGGACAAGUGUGCUCCUUGACAACUCAAAGACAGACCAGCUGUCAGAUGUUGCACGGCACUGGAUAGCUGGACUUGUCAAACAUGGACCAGGUCUGACAGCUCUUUGUUCACCCACAGUCAACUGUUACCGACGUUUAGAAAAGAAAAAGCUCUCAACAAGGAGCGAUUGGUCAGUACAGGACAAGAAUGCGACUUUCGUGGUGCGGAAAACUCGAGGAGACAACAUCUACAUAGAGGACAGACUCCCCAGCUCAGCCAGCAAUCCCUAUCUGGUCAUGGCUGCCACAGUGGCCGCCGGUAUAGAUGGGAUCAGGAACAAGAUACCCCUGCCAACUCAGACCGAAGAUUUCUGCCUUCUUCCCCCGGACCUUGAGACAGCCUUGACCUGCCUAAAAGAGGACGCUGUGCUGGUGGGUGCCCUGGGCAAAGACCUGGUCGAACUCUUUGUGGCAACCAAAACAAUGGAGAUCGAUCACCUUAAGAGUAUGGGGCAGACCAGCGGCACAGACAGCUUUCAGCACGAGUAUCAUCUUUACUUUCAGAAUGCGUAAAGUGCUGCGAGUUUUCUAUUUCACACUCACAGACAUACACAAACAUGCACCCUCACACAUACACACACACACACACACACACACACACACACACACACACACACACACACACACACACACACACACACACACACAAACACACGCACACACGGGGUUUCCAGUGGCUGAGUGGUUUGUGAGUCAGACUCACUAGUAAUGUCAAGUGAAGGUGACACGGCAUUUAGAUGGGAGGUCACUGGAGUGUAUCCUUGAGCUCAAAAUAACAAGGCUCAGCACAGCGCAGCACAGUGGCGAUCAACAAUGGCAUGUUUGUAAAUUUG